GUCUGUGUUCACUAUUUAGUACCACAUGCGUGCUAUGCAGUGCCUAGUGUACGGUGUGAUGUGUUAACACUGCGUCUUGAAAAUAAGAUUUAAAUUUGUAUUUCCCCUCAGACAACUAAAAUUCACCCAUAAAGAAGACGGUGAUUCGCAGCCAUGAGGUUUGAUGACGUGUUUGAUCACCUCGGAGACUUCGGACCUUAUCAGAGGCGUCAGUACUUCAUGCUGGGGAUGGUGAUAUUUUCAUGUGGGGUUCAGGUCAUGAUGACCGUGUUUACACUAGACCUUCCCAACCACAGGUGUGCGCUGCCUGGUGUACAAAAUGAUACUUAUCAAAUUCAAAGCUCCUCCCACGAUCAGCUAGUUCAAGACUACAUUCCUUUAGUGUCACGUGCCCAGUCCAUCCCAGCGUACUCUCAAUGCUUUCUCUACGGUGAUUGGCUGAGCUCUGCGUAUAAUGGCGGCAAUUAUUCAAACGAGGUCGAUACACGCCAUCUGGUGGACAAGAAUGACAGAAGUAACUCUAGCCAACGCAACCAAGUUGCAUGUUCCAGCUGGGUGUAUGAUACAAGUGAUCUGAGCUCAACAAUAGCUACACAGAUGAAUUUUGUCUGUGGUGACACACUGCUUAAAUCUCACGCCAUCAUGACCAUGAUGGUCGGUCAGGUGAUUGGCUGCCUCAUUCUUGGACCUUUAGCAGACGUUGUUGGACGCAAGAGGUCCAUGAUGAUAGCUCUAUCAUUACAUCUACUGGCCAGCGUGUUGACCACAUGGGCGUUUAAUAUCUACAUGCUCGGGGCUCUUUUUUUACUGAAUGGCUUGGCUAUGGCAGCAGCAUACUGUGCUUCGUUCACUUUAGCAAUGGAGCUGAUUGGUCCAAAAUAUCGUCACGUGACAGGCGUUUCCGCCACCAUGUUUUGGUCUGCUGGGAUGUUGUGGUUAUGCCUCUUGGCUUACUUUCUGCGAGACUGGCAGCAUUUGCAGUUGGCAGCUUCCUGUCCCAUAAUCCUGUUUUCUGGGUACUUUUGCCUAGUACCUGAAUCAGCAAGGUGGCUUAUACGAAAAGGCCGUAACUCAGAAGCAAAAUCUAUAAUCAGAAAGGCAGCGAAAAUAAACGAAAGAAAACUUCCAAGUUUUGUAUUUACAGAUGAAACAACAGAGGAGCCUACGAUCAAAUCGGAAUCCAUCUUGUCACUUUUAAAAUGUCCGACUCUACUAAUCAGGGCCUUAAUAGUUUUUUUAAAUUGGUUAGUCUGUAGCCUAACUUACUAUGGGCUCGGUCUCAACGUUGGCCAACUGUCCGGAAACAUCUACUUGAACUUUUGUCUCACUGCCGUGUUUGAGAUCGCUGCCACACUUGUGAUAGUCUUCGCCAUGGGAAAGUUCGGCCGAAAGAGUCUCUACUGCUCUCUUCUGUUACUCGGCUCAGUCUCCUGCAUACUUACUCUGUUUCCUGUCUUGUAUGGAGAUGAAAGUUUGAAGUGGACUGUGUCCAUGCUGGCUAUGAUUGGAAAAUUUGGCGUGUCUGGUUCUUUUGCUAUCAUCUGGAUGUUUACAUCGGAGCUCUUCCCUACCUCCUUCAGAGCGGGAGUCACUGGAAUCAGUUCUGCGUGUGCCAGGAUAGGUGCUGUCAUAGCGUCCUACAUAGCUAAUUUGGUAAGUGUUCUGUGUGCCAGGAUAGGUGCUGUCAUAGCGUCCUACAUAGCUAAUUUGGUAAGUGUUCUGUGUGCCUGUAUAGGUGCUGUCAUAGCGUCCUAUAUAGCUAAUUUGGUAAGUGUUCUGUGUGCCAGGAUAGGUGCUGUCAUAGCGUCCUAUAUAGCUAAUUUGGGUGCUGGUGGAGACGUGGGCAUUAUUCUGCCUCAGCUGGUAUUUGGUACGUGUGGACUUGUAGCCGCUGCCCUCGCGCUUUUCCUGCCUGAGACGCAAGAACAACAACUCCCGGACUCUAUGGAGGAUGCUAUGAAAUUUUCCACAAGCAGACGAGCUGAGAAAGAAAAUGACAAAGAGGAUGAAGCCUACUCCCAUCUUUCGUCCGACCAGCCUGCUUUGACGUCACAGAGCUGCUGAACAACGUUACGUCAUCGAGAGUGCCAUCAAAUGACGUCACACAUCUCGAGCGAACACUGGAGUGAUAUUUUUUUUUUGGUCACGUUAUUGUGUCCUUUCAAAUUCCAAUCAGAUCAAUAUUCAAGUACAUUACGGAUACAAGAAGACCUUUACACAGUAUGUGGAGAGAGGUUUAAUCUCUCUGGAAAGAUACGCCAACCCAACUAGCUUUAGCCAGCGUGACGUAUCUUCCAGAUUUUUUUGCGCAGAUUUCUGUAACUCAACAAUUAUAUGUCUAAAAAAAGAAAUGUUGUUUCCUUUUUUAAAAUAAAAGAAAUAUAUCUGUUAUAUAAAUCCAUCAAUUAAAUAGAUGGCAAUUAAAAAAAGGAAAAGUAAAUUUCCCCUUUCAGACCUUUUUUGGUCUAUAGGGCAGAUGAUGUAAAGGUCAUCUGUUUCUGUGGCCUACGGUUAACGAGGGUGUCAUGUGUCCAGCAUAACGACCAACCACCUUUUCCCUAACUAAUGUCAGGUACCCAUUAGAGCUGAGUGGACUCAGAAGCGCCCAAAGAUCCCGAAAUUAAAAAUCUCGGUCUACACCAGGGUUCAAAACCGAGACCCCCAGUUCGGAAACCAAGCGCUUUACCGCUCAGCCACCGCGACUACAAUAGUAUAGUAGACAUAGUAGAAACUAAAACAGAUCCGCGAAGUGGUAUUUGAAAUACUUUGAAUGUGCAAGUCAGAUCUGGAGCCGGUUGGUUAAGCGUCUCUUGGAUGAUGGGUAUAUUAAUUUACUUUGACUGGAGCCGUGAUAGGUCACUGACUGGCUUCUUGGCUAGAUCAUUUUCUGAAUCAUGUCCUGAAUAUAUUAUGGUCUUGCCUUUAUUGACUAUCCCACCACUUGAUGUCCACUGCAUCCCACAGAUUCUAAAGACAUCCAGCCUUUAAGCGUCCAUUUUUUUUUUCAGAAAUUCGACCAGUCUGCCGCAUUGGUGCAAGAUCCUUACGUUGGUUUCAUAAGUUCUUUGCGUUGAAAGACUUACCAUGCUUGUCUUUCUGGGCCGCUCAAGCCGCGCCUAAGAUGAUCCUUAUCUCUAUGUUCGAUGUUUGUCGUUUCUGUAGUAAUUGAGGUUUUAUUGAGUGGUUCCGCUAGCAGCUAGCCCCUCGUCCAACCCUCCUCCUUUCACAACCGGGCCCACUGCUGAGUAGUUCACUCAAAAGAUUUUAUUUAGAUUUUAUGCAUGCUUACAAAACCUAAUUUAAAACUUUGCACUACAAGAUUUUGCUAGCUCCACUUUUUAUAAACACCAGCCGAGAGGGAACAUAGAUACCGUCUUGUUUUAGAAUUGUUUAUACCACUUUAUGGUAUGUUGUAAACAGAAUAUUCUUAACACUCCUUUGCUAUGUCAUAAAAUAGCUAUGUACUCGUACUUUUAAGACAGAGAUAACGCUUGCUUGCUUGCCCAUAUUGAACACUGAACGUGAUUAUAUUCGAUUCUACAAUCACCGAAUUCCUAACAGCCACUCUGUUCUAGUCUAGAUCUAGGCUACUCCUGACUGGCCUGACUAUAUAUCUACCCUUAAUUCAGUGAACAUUUAUUACCAUGUUUAAGGUACCGUAUCGUCUGGCAGCGGUGUUAAACAGACAAGUAUAAAUCAUUCCAUUAAACACUUCUAAACCUAGACGUUAUCAUUAUGAUGUUAUGUUAAUGUUAUAGUUCGCUGUUUUGUCAUUUAACUCUUUCUCUUCGUAAUUAUUUACCACAUUCUGGUGGAAUCAACGUUGGUAUCGUCAGUUAGGAGAGAAAGAGUUUAAAAUACUAACAUCAUUGGUUCCAUACUUGUGUUUAAUUGAAAUAUGUUUUUACCAUAGACUAUAUAUAUAUACUUUAGGCCUACAAUAUAUAUACUUUAGGCCUUCAUCUACACUUAUUACUUUAACAUUACACGUAGGCCUAAUAUAGGACUAUUUUUAAACCUAUAAACGAAAUUUCGUUUAGGCCUAUGAUUUUUUAGGGCGCCCCUGAGUCUCCCUCACUCCAAGGGGUACCUGACUUUAGUUGGGGAAAGGAAAGGCAGUUGGCCGUUGUGACACCUUGCUCGUUAACCGUUGGCCAAAGAAACCGAUGCCCUUAACACCAUCUGCCCUAUAGAUAGGAAGGUCUAAAAGGGGGAACUUUACUUUUGAGUCCAGCCAGCUCUAAUGUGUACUUGACAUUAGUCAGGAGUUUGAGUUUUGAGUUUUUGGCACAUCGGCACAAUUUAGGCCAUUUAGUGCCCGUAAUCCUUGAAUGCCCGUAAUCCUUCAAGGAUUACUCUCCUUUACAAGAGCUAAAUUCCAUACAGUUAAAUCAUUACAAUUUACAAACAAGGUCUAUUCACAGUUAAAAUAGUGAAGGUAGUAAAAAUUUAAUAAUUAGGAAAAAUUAGGAAAAAUUAAAGGCGGUUGGCCGUUGUGCUGGCCACGUGUCAUUACCCGUGGGCAGAAACAGAUGAACUUUACAUCAUCUGCCCUAUAGAUAGGAAGGUCUAAAAGGGGGAACUUUACUUUUGAGUACACCCAGCUUUAAUGUGUACUUGGCAUUUGUCAGGAAAAAGUAAAGGCGGUUGGUCGUUGGGCUGGCCACGUGUCACCCUCAUUACCCGUGGGCAGAAACAGAUGAACUUUACAUCAUCUGCCCUAUAGAUCGCAAGCUCUGAAACUGGAACUUUAAUAUUUUAGCAUUAUAUUACAAAGGCCUCCUUUAGCAAUUGUUCAGUGUUCAUUUUUAAUUAUCUACGUGUUUAUAAUUCUGUAAUUUGUAGGCGGUAGUGUAAUUAAGUUGUUUACUUUCUGAUUGUGUCAUGUGUCAGAAGGUUUUAUCCGUGACCUGCCAAUAGAACGAGAUGUGAAUGUUUUGACUGCCAUCUAGUUAAAUAAAGCCAAGUAUUUGUUAAUUCGA